AUGCGAGGAAUUGGUUUUAGAAGUGAGGCCCUGAGCUCUCAUUUUGUCUGCCCGUCAUGUUGCACGCGGCUUACCGGUGAUGGCUACCUCCGCUGGUAUACAGUUCGCCCUGGUCACCGCGCCCGCUUUGUUGCCCAACAAUCAAGAAAGCUCUCGACUGGAGCGUACAGUCCGUGGUCGUUCAAGCGGCUUAAAACAGCAUGGAAUGCGUCGAAGCUCAAAGAUCCGGAAGGGUCAGAGCCCCCUUUCCUCCUGCAAGCUCUGUCCUUCAAUCUUGACACGCAUAGACGGACCGAAGCCGAUUUGAAGAGACAAGACGGCAGACCAUACAAAACCUUCACUACCGAAUUAAUGGAUACAUACUACUCCAUGGAAGAUGGAAUUCUUGAUUACUUUGACAGAGAGAAUCCAGAUAUGGUUGUAUAUGCCUUUUUGGGCCCUGAGCAAAUCCAGUCUAUCACGUAUAAUUUACCCGACUCGGCGUUUGCUGUAGCACUCUCCCUCCUUACCCCUUCACAUUUUAUCGAGCCUCAUAAAAAACUACACAGAAGAUUUCAUCCGGCCGUGGCACACGCCAAGGGUUAUAAGACGCUCGAAGUAACCUUUGACGAGUUCAAACGGGUUCUCCAUUUCGCUGUUGAGAAACGCCGCGGGGCUGGCUUCAAAUUGGGAAUUUCCGAAUAUACUCAUCUUCUGGAUUGCGCACGGUCAAUGGGAGAUGCGGACAUGGCGGACUGUCUGUGGCAUGAUAUGAGGGUGGACGGAAUCGAGCCAAAUACUGCCUGUUACAACCAUUGCAUGGAAGCAAAAGCGUGGCACCAUGCAUACGUGUCGAAAGAGAAAUUCAAUUUAAGAUUCACGCCCUGGGUUUAUAGGAAGCGAAGUUAUAGCGACAAGAAUGUUGGUUACCAAGGAUACAGCACUGCCGGCGAAAACAGUGUUCGGCAACAAGUGCUUCGGUUGUUUGACGAAAUGGUUUCAAGCGGCCAAAAGCCCGACGAAGCUACCUAUGUCAAUGUUAUGAUUGCUUCUAGUAGAGAAGGCCACAUUGUGGCCGUAGAAAAUGUCCUGAAAACAGUGUGGAAUAUCGACGUCGAGUUGAUACUGACUCGUGAGGAUCCUGCCAACAUCCCUCCCGUUACACAGUUCAACCCCACAGACCCGCUACAUCCUACAUCUCGCAUCUUGUAUGCAGUUUCGCACAUCUUUGGCUCGAACAACGAUCUUUCCACCGCGCUUCGACUUGUUGACUUCAUUUCUACCCAUUACAAAAUUCCUAUUCCCGACUCCGUCUGGUUGGAAUUAAUCGAAUGGGCCUAUGUCUUGUCCGUCAAGAGGUGGGGUCCUAGAGCUGAGGAAAACAGCGUGGGGAAGGUUCCCAAGGAAACUGUCAAGAGACUGUUUGAUACAAUGACCUCUAGUCCAUAUAAUGUGAAGCCGACGCUACCACUAUACGACAUGCUCAUUUCCACAUCCUGGUCACGAUGCAAUCUUGACGAUACUUUGAAAUAUAUGCGCGAAGGAUAUGCAUUAUUCCAGGAAUCCUUAAGGAGAAGAAAUACGGCGAAAUACGCGUUCGUUGAUCAUCUUUUGAAUUUCCUACCAGAAAAAAUUCGAACGCAGGUCACGCUGAAGAAUAACUACCAGCGCUUAAUAACCAACCUCCAAAAAUCUGGCUUAGGGGCGCGAAUGGGAAAUUAUACAAGUGCGCCGCUUGACCCAGUCGCUAGAAAUGAAGCUAUUCGAGAAGCCAAAAGAGCACAAUAUCAACUAGACCUGGCUAAUCGGCUGAUGCCAUACUGGCGUGAAGAGGCUAAGGCCAAAGAAACGGGGAUGGCUCCUAGCUAUCUUAACCGGAGGUGGGUAAGAAGGCAACUUUCUCGGUUGAACGCGAUUGAAGCGGAGGACCCAAUGGACCCGGACCUGGCCAACGACACAGAGGAAGUCGACACGCCGGCGGUCAGUCUAUCCAUGAUAAAGGAGUACAGAGCCAUGAAGGCUGCCUUCAAUUUAGAGCAACUGAAUACCAGCCGAGAUGCAUCAUUUAUCGAGCGAUGGGUGCGGCUACUGAUUGUUGGCAGACGAUGGGUCCCGGACACUGACCGUUGGGAACGCCAACUCCUCCCGCGCUUCCUGCGGGAGUGGGAAGCAUUUCUACCGGAGAACGUAUACUAUAAGACUAGAGGAGGGAUUGUGGAGUUCCUUCCUAUCAGCUUCUGGCCCCACGGCAAACGUGAGCGCCCGGAGAAGGGCGUCACUGAUCGGGAACUUGGUCUGUACGAUUCAGACGAGGGCGUAUUGCUCACGGAUUACUUUGAAAUCAUUGGCGAACGUCCGAAUGCGCGCCUGGAUGAUUCCCACGACACAGAGUUUUAUGAGCUGGAUGCUGCGCGAACAUACUAG